UUGACCCCAACAAGGAGCGCCGGGAGGCUGUGAAGCGGAAGAUCACACAGUACCUGAGGCGUGCAGAGGAAAUCUUCAACUGCCACCUCCAGCGGGCUGCAGGGAGUGGCAACCCCACCGCCACGGGUUACAGCAGCCUGCGCUUCCGGCCCAUCAGGACACUGAGCUCGGCAGUGGAGAAUCUGAGACGGUGUAAGGUUGUGGGACUGAUCGAUAAGGUGCAGAUCGUCCAGGAUCCAGCCACUGGUGCAACCUUUAUACUUAAGAGCCUCCCCAAAUCCCAUGUCGAGACCCGUGAGCGACAGACCAUCAUCCCUCAUGGGGUCCCCUUCAUGGUCAAGCUGCUGUGCUACUCUGUGAGUGAGGAUUCCAUCUUCCUUCACCUGGAACACGUGCAGGGAGAGACACUGUGGUCUCACCUCCGCUCCAAGUACUGUGUCCAGCAGGGCUCUGCAGAUUCAAACACUGUUCAAGCCCUGAGGGACCUUGGCAGAGAGGACGGCGUGGGAAGCUCCCAGGGCAGCAGCCAAGCCUCUAUCCUUUCUGCUCGGACAGGAGUCGCUCCAUCCAGCUCUGCCCAGCCCCGCGGGCAGGUCCCGGUGGCGUGGAAGCCCUCGCGGGUAGCCUACGGAGGGCUCGGCCAGCAGCCACCAUCAGAACAGUGUGAGGCUUUGGCUUCCUGUGGGCAUGGGCGCAGGGCAUGGGCUGUGCAGGAGGAGCAGGUGCAGCUGUGGGCAGCAGAAAUCCUCCUGGCCCUAGAGGGACUUCACCAGCAGGGCGUGCUGUGCCGGGACCUCAACCCCAGGAACCUGCUACUUGAUGCAACUGGUCACAUCCGUCUCACCUUCUUUGGCCAGUGGACAGAGGUGGAGCCCCAGUGCUGCAGCCAGGCCCAGGAACAGCUGUACAGUGCCCCAGAAGUUGGGGGGAUUGCAGAGCCCACUGAAGCAGCUGACUGCUGGAGCUUUGGCUCUCUCUUGUAUGAGCUGCUGACAGGAGUGCCACUGUCCCAAAACCACCCUUCAGGGAUUCAACCUCACACCCAGUUGCAUGUGCCAGAGGGGCUCAGCCUGGCUGCUACAUCACUGCUCACCGAGCUCCUGCAGUACAACCCAAACCAGCGCCUGGGCUCUGGAGGAGGUGGCAUGGCGAAGCUGAAGUCCCACUCCUUCUUCAGCACUGUCCUGUGGAACAAGUUGGUGGGCUAG